AUGUCUACGGGCAACAUCUCGAACCCGCCGAGCUCGGCUCCGGCCGAGUCGAAGAGCGCGCGCAAGAAGAAGGCCAAGGCUGAGGCUGCCGCCGCCGCCGCUGCUGCCGCAGCUUCGCCCGCUACUCCCACCCAGGAUGACCAGAACCCCAUCGAGGGCGGUGUCAACGGCACCGAGGAUGGAGAGCAUCCCUACAUCAAAGACCUCCAGAAGAGGCUUCGCAGCGUCAACAAGAAGCUUAACGCCAUGGAAAAGGUCAACUCCGUGAUGAAGGAGAACCCCGAUGUUUCCCUCGAUGACCUCGUCGCUUCCAAGAAGAUCAACACCGAUCAGAAGGCCCAGGCGCUGAAGAAGCCUUCACUCGAGGCCGAGCGUGAGCAGCUGAACGAGCAGCUCAUCAACUUCAAGAAGGUUCAAGAGGAGCUCGCAGCUAGGCUGACUCGCCAGAAGGAAGCGGUUGAGGCCGCACACGCGAAGGAGCUGAAGGAGCUGGAGGACAAGAUCAGGGCCGAGGAGAAGGCUGAAGCCGACAAGACUGUGAAGCAGCGUCUGCUCAUCUUUUCUCAGUUCCUGCGCUCGGCUGCUGCCAGGCGCCAGCAGGGAGACGAGGAAACUGAGCUUUCCAAGGCUUUCGAGGGUGCCCUGCUGCUCGUCUACGGCGGCAAUCUCGAGGCUGUCACAGCUGCCGAGAAGCUGAUCUCCGGUUCCGAGGAGCACGUCAUUUCGACUGAGGGUCUCGAGCUCACCGUGUCCUACGCCCAGGUCAAGCAAGCUUCCAUUGAGGAUGCUCCCUUCGCCGCCGAGGAAGCCUGGGUUGAUGAGGUCAACCAGGCCGCCCAAGCCCCUCAGGACGACAAGCCUCCUUCGUACAACGAAGCCACCAUUGGCACUGACCCGACCGUCGCCCAUGCCGGCCUGACCGAGCUUGACGCCAAUGUCACUUCGACGAAUGGCGAGCCCGCUGCUGAGACCUCCACCGUUCCUACUGCCAACGUGGAUGAUACUGCUGCCAACGCUGCUGGUGACAGGUGGGACACCAAGGCUCCUGGAUCUGAGGAUCCUCUGGCCGAGAGUUUCGAAAUGGUUCCUCGCGAUCCGGCUGAGACCGAGGCCGUUCAUGAGCCGGCUCCUGCUGCUAGCACUCAAAGCUGGGCUGAGGACACGCCUGCUCCUGCGGCUCCUGUUGCUGCCCCUCAGGCCACUGCUGAACCUGCUCCGGCUACCAAUGGUGAUGGUUUCCAGGAAGUUCCUUCUUCCCGCGGUGGCCGCGGCCGCGGAAACUACCAGGGCGAGCGUCGGGGUGGAUACCGUGGCCGUGGUGGCCCUCGCGGUGAGGGCCGUGGCCGUGGUGGUUACCGUGGUGAUCGCGGUGAUGGAUACCGUGGUCGUGGCGGAUACCGUGGCGGCCGUGGCCGCGACAACCAUCAGGCUCAGCCUUCGCAGUAA